CUUGUCGGCUUUGCAGCUAGCUCUUAUGACAUAUUUAUCUAAAACCGUCCUCUACGUUAACUAGUGUGUACUUUAUAACAGAUGGAGCCCACGUAUCUCUUUAGGACCAGUUGGACUAAUGUGUCGCGGCACCAAUAGCUGUUUAAAACGGACAACAGGAAGACAUGGAGCAGUACAGUAUUCUGGGUCGGAUCGGAGAAGGAGCUCACGGCAUCGUCUUCAAGGCCAAACACAUCGAGACAGGAGAGACGGUGGCCCUAAAGAAAGUGGCUCUGAGGCGGCUGGAGGACGGCAUCCCAAACCAGGCUCUGAGGGAGAUCAAGGCUCUGCAGGAGAUCGAGGACAAUGAGCAUGUGGUGAAGCUGAAGGACGUCUUCCCUCACGGUACAGGCUUCGUCCUGGUGUUUGACUUCAUGCUCUCAGACCUGUCCGAGGUCAUCAGGAACUCUCAGCGACCUCUGACCCCGGCGCAGGUCAAAGGUUACAUGAUGAUGCUGCUGAAGGGCGUGGCCUUCCUGCAUCACAACAACAUCAUGCACCGG